AUGAUGUUAAUUCAUAUUAGUCUUAUUUUAACAAUUCUUAUUGUUGUAAUCAAUGGAUCAAUUCCAUCAUCUACAAUUGAAAUUGAUUUAAAUGAAUUAGUUAAAUUACAUAAAGAAUUUCUUGAUCGAUCUCCAUCUGUACCAGCUAUUCAAACUUAUGAAAUGAGAUGUCGUGUUGUAACUGAAUGUUGUCCUGAUGAACAAGAAAAUCUUUACACCUUAUUUAGUGAUAGUCAAUUUAAUGAAAAAUGUUUAUUAAAUGGAACAAAAUUAACUAAAUCAUCAUCUACAUCAUUAUGUAUGACAACAAUUCGUCAAUUAAUUCAAUUAAUAAAAGAAUCAGUUUAUGAACGAUAUUUUGAAAUUCUUGGUAAUAAUCCAAAUCGUCUUAAUCGUAUUGCAAGAUGGAAAAAACAAAUGAAAAUGGUUUGUUCAGAUGAUGAACUUCGAGCACAUUAUUGUGAACGAAAUAAUAUGGAAAAAUUUAAAUCAUGUCAAAGAAAAGUUUUAGAAAUGAUUGCAAAAGAAAACGUUGACGAUGAUGGUACAAUUUAUAAAACAUAUGUUUCACAAUGGGAACAAGAAUAUGCAAUUGAUAAUCAAAAAUUAGCCAAAGCUUUUCCUAAAGAUUAA